UAAAUUUGUGUACAAAUAUGAAAUGUUUCCGACAUUCAUUAAAAUUUCUUUUAUUCAAAUACAAAAUGUAGCAUUUAAUAAAAUAAUACAACAAUUAACUGUCAGCCAUUUUAUCUUCUGAGCAAAAUAACCUUUUUACCAUGUUUAUCUAAAUUUAUAAAAUUGACCUUUAAACCUUUCCCGAUUUAUUAAAAAUGGAUUUGUAUAUAAAAUUAAAUGCGCAAGCAGGAGGCAGGGAUAAAAUAAUUAGACUUCUUCAGUAUCUGAGCAGAACUUUGUGGGACUUCCUGCAGAAACAUGGACAAAAUCAGGAAGUAAUUGACAAGUUGAAAAGUUUGGAGUUUACAUUCAGCUCAUUCAGGAAAUUGCUGCGUUUGGGAAAAUGCAUAGAUGUUUUCUACUCUUCAUUGUCAACUAUACAUUAUCCAGACCUCACAAUUAGAAUUACAUUGACAUUGAGCAAACUAGCAACUGCCUUAUUUUUAUUUGCUGAUCACAUUAUAUGGUUUGCAAGAUCUGGUGUUUUUCAAAAUAUUAAUCUCGAGAAAUGGAACAAUAUCGCCAAUAGAUACUGGUUAAUGAGCAUUACUUUGAAUCUGGUCAGAGAUGUAUAUGAAAUUAUGAAUAUACUAAAGUGUAACAAAGGUAUCAUAUUUGCAAAGAAAGGACAAGGUUUGACGAGAGUAGGAAAAAGCGAAAGUGUAUGCCCUAUUAAUAUAAAUGAUGUUUUGCCAGUAUUUUUGAGAGGUUUUCAAUGCGUGCAAGGACAAACUGAUGUGUUCGUGGACACAAUAAAAAAUGCUUGUGAUUUUUUUAUCCCCUUAACUGCUUUGGGAUAUACAAGACUCAGUCCAGCAAUGGUUGGCAGCUUAGGAGUCAUAUCGUCCAUUGCAGGAAUUUUGGCUUUGGUAAAACCAAUGGCCAAAUUAACACCAAGUUGAAAUGCUUUACUAUUAUUGUUUGUAUAAUAUUAUUUAAUUGCAUAAAAGUAUUCAAUAUUAUUCUUUUUAUAUUGUACCUGUGAUGGUUGGUGAGA